AUGCAAAGCCAACCUCUUGUGGUUUUCUGUUUUGUCUUGCUGUUUUCAAUAGCUGUCGCCAGUGUUUUACCGCUCAAUAAAAAAAGCGACAUGAGCGAAUUCACGUCGGCGAUUAACGGUGCCAGUCGACUUCGAUACGGUAAACGAAACGCCGUUCUCAACUUUCCGUUACAUGAGAAACGUGCUCCACUCACAAAUAAGUUCAUUCAAUCACUGAACGGAGCAGAGCGGUUGAGGUUCCUUUUAAUACAAAUUGUCAUUUGUCAAGGUUUGGUCGGAAAUGAACGGCAACGAAUCACAAACAGAUACGAUGGUGGUGAUGUGAACGAAUACGAUGAUGGUCAGUGGAAUCAUGGACAAGCACAAAUGGCUGUAUUAGCCGUUAUGUUGGUAACAAUAGUAGUUGUAAUGGUGGCUAUAACUACCUCAGACUUCUUCAAGAGAAAAUCUCGUGGACGCGGUACGCAACACAAAUGCAAGAAAGGUAUCCUUCCCACAACCUUUGGCCCUUUUCCUCCGCAAAAAUGUUCACAUUUUUGCUGUUGA